AUGAAUUGGGGUGUUCAUAGCAAAGCCCUCACAGAACUAUUACGCUCGAGAGGUCAGCAACAAUUCAGAACCAAGACUGGUCGUCAAUUGUUUCAACUAUCCUACCAUUACAUCCAAAUCCAAUCCCUCCUGACAGGCUCAGGCCCCGCACCGGAAGCGCGCGAAUGGUUCGAUGCCAUGAAAUCAAGCGCCGACGGUAAAGAGUACAUUUUCAUGCCGUCGUUCGAUUGCGGCGACCAAGCUGCACGAAUUUUCAAGAACGCAACAUCGUCUUUUGACCAAGCCAACUCCGCCGCCGAACAGCUCGCCGCAAUUGAAAACACAUUCCAGGCCUGCAAGGCCCUCGAAAGGUCGAUGCAAAAACCAUUAAACGAUUUUCUAUCCAGCUUCAUAUUCGGCACCCCGGUUGACUUGCCAGCAAAAGAAAACGAGAGCAAAUCAGUCCUGCGUAUCCGCAACCAUCACGACACCUGCAUGCUUCGUCUCUACUCAAUACUGCUGGAACUCAUUCUGCAAGCCACAAGCCAGCCGGAUAUCUCAAAUGAAUCCGUCGGUCGUCUGAUAGAGCUGCAACAAGCUUGCGUGGAGGAAUCACAAUUCUGCAUAUGUCGUAUUCUUGGGGCUCUGCCCCAAUUUCUGACGACAGGGCAUGAGUUGAAUCUUCCGACAUGGGCGGAUACUCUGAGAUUGCUGUGGCCGUUGAGGGGGAUUCUCUGCUCGCCGGCUGCGCAGGAGACGCAGAGGUGGAUGGCGAAAGCGGCUUUACGAACUAUUGCUUAUGAAGGAGGAAUCAUGCAGGCCGUGGGGUCUUUCUUCAGUAAUAUUACAAUUUAUGAGAGUCCAUAG